AACUGUACACUUUGCCUCCAAAACUUCUGGAUGAGUCUUCCACUCUCCUGGACUACCUACCUGUCUGUGUGUUCUGGCUGCCACUUUGCCUCUACAUUUUGGGGUUGGUCCAGGAUGAAUAGAGUGAGCUGAUCACUUGAUCCUGGGUUGAAGUCCUGUGGGCAGAGUGAAGGUCAUUCUAGAUCCUUAAAGAGACAGCACACUCAGAGCCAGCAUUCUCUGAGCCUCUCUGGAGGACCUAGGGUGACAGCUGCUCCCUGCUUAUGACUCCCCCAAACUCAAGGGAGCAAGGACGCAUUGUCUGUUUUGGCCUGGCUGCCAGAGGAGCAAUGGCAUUAUUCUCAGUGAUCCUGUUCCCGGUUGCUAUGCUGCUUUCAUCUUUCCCUGUAAAAGGGGAUGAGAAUGAAGCCUUUGCUGCUUUGUCAACUAGUCUACCAGAAGUCCAAGAGGAGAUUGUAAACAAACACAAUGAACUAAGGAGAGCAGUGUCUCCAACUGCCAGUGAUAUGCUAAAGAUGAUGUAAGCUGUGGUGAGAACCUCUUUAUGUCAAGUGCUCCUUCUUCAUGGUCAUCUGCAAUCCAAGGAUGGUAUGAUGACAGAAGAAAUUUUAUCUUCAAUGUAGGGCCAAAGACACCUAGUGCAAUAACUGGAUGCUAUACCCAAGUAAGAAAAACCAAUGAAUUAUCCUCUGUCCCAAAUAACCUAACAGAAAAUCCUGUCUAAAUUUU